UGUGUGUGUGUGUGUGUGUGUGGAUAUUUGCGUGAGCGAGCCACUCCUUUAUAAUAGGAGACACUUGGAUUGCAUGUGGCUUACAGACCAUUUGUGUGUGCGCGUGCAUGUGUGGACUGAAUAUGGGCAGUGCAUCAGAGAUUUGGAAGGAAGGAGUCACUGCCGGUAAAAGAGACCGAGGGAGGGAGGGAGAAAACAGGAGAAUGUUAAAUAUGAGACUUCACAAGUAGAAAAGAUAAACAUUUACAAAACCUCAGCAGUGCGAGAGAGAAAGGGAAUCGAAAAGUAAAAUCAUUAUAGAAACAGAGAUCCAGAGGUGAAAGGUGAAAAAGGCCGAAAGAAAGAAACUAGAAGGGUCCGGAGCGAACGGGUGGCUCCACAAAAAGAAAGAUGACAUGAAGCUCGGAAAGGGUGGUCGAGUCGGAGACAGAAAAGGCAGACGGUGAAGGAAAAAGAACAGGGGAAUGAUUUUACUGGUGCAAGAAACUGGCGCGCGAUGAUGAAGUAGAGGAGGGAGGGAGGGAAGGAAGGAAUAUGCAGAGGAGAAGGAUGAAAGAGAGAACAGUGGUGUAGAGGAGGGUAAAGAUUGAGAAAGAAUGAUGGUAGUGGAACGAGAGAUGUAGACGGACAGUGUAGGAGAAAAGUGAGUGAGACAAGGUUAGCAUGGAGGAGAGAAGAGAAAGAGAGACAGGCGACAGGGGUUAAAAAAAAAAAAAAAAAACCACAAGAACAACAACAAACCCAUCACAUUUCUCCUAAGCGUGCUGCUUUUCACGAGCUGGGUUAAAGAAAUCACCGGGGUGGAGGACGCAGGAUUCAGAAACACACGUAGCGCUACGGAGAGAUGCGUGCACAACGCAAACAUUUCUUUUUCCUAUUAAAAAAAUACAUCAUAUUACAGCACUUUAAUAUCAUUUCGUUUUCAUCAGUAGUCAAAGUUGUAUUAUGUUUAGGACUGAGACUCUGUGAGGGAGCAGUGAGCACUAAAGGAUCAGUUACUUUGUGUGUGUGUGUGUGUAUGUGUGUGUGUGUGUGAGUGAGAGAGAGAGUGAACUGGCAUGUAGGAAAGCAGGGAGGCAAAGUAAAGGAGGGGAAAAGUUACUGUCGAAAACACAGAGGAAUGACGAGGGAGGAGAAGAAAAGUGCAGGGAGGAGAGAGACUCUGUGUGAGUGUGUGUGUGUGUGUGUGUGUGUGUGUGUGUGUGUGUGUGUGUGUGUGUGUGUGUGUGUGUGUGUUUCUGGUGGGUAUAGAGAAGAAAGAAAGAGGAGAAAAUGUGAGAGAGUGUGUUUCCAGGGAGUGGCCAGCAAGACCGUGAACGUCUGCGUUCCUAAACUGAGGGGAGUUUCCUUGGAGAGGGAGAAAGCCUCAGUGAUGUGUGUGUGUGUGUGUGUGUGUGUGUGUGUGUGUGUGUGUUGCUUAAUGGUUGAGUCAUGUGAUACCGUUGGGAACUAAAAUCUUCUAGCAGUGCCACUGACUGGAAGCAAAACAGUAUAAAAACCCUGCAAAGCAAAACUGUACGAGUGUGUAGUGUGGAUAGUGCACUUAGUGACCUGUUUUAUACACACACACACACACACACACACUGGUGCUGUCUGUGGAUAUAGGCCAGAUGCCGAGACAACUGUACCUCGUCAGCAUGCGUGAUGGAGGAUGCACGCCAUGCUCUCCUUAGACGAGCCGCUGGACCUGAAGGUCUCCUCCUCGAGCCGGGACAGAACACACAGAACGUCCAUCUGCGCCCCGCUCCGAUUCACCCGAACAAGGGUACCACGCCCGACACGCAGCUCCGAUACGGAUAUUGCAGACUCUCCCACAUCCUCGAAGCCAGACCUCAGUGCGUGUUCCUCGUCUCCUCCCUCUCCUCAACACUCCUCUUCCAGCUGUGGUCCCCUGUCGCCCCCUCAGGCCAGGGAUUCAGAGACUAUCGGUUACCUAGAAGGUGAGGCUUCUCCUCCUCCACGUCCUCCAGGUUUCCAGUUUUUCCUACCUAUCGGGGCUGGGGGCAGCCUCCUCCCACCCAGCUCUAUACUGACUGCUCAGCGCCGGGACAGACGGAGUUCUCCUGAACCAGCGGAGGAACAGCUCGCCUGCCGCUGGCUACGGUGCCACCUGCUGUUCGAGUGCCUGCAGGAUCUGGUGGAUCAUGUGACCGAGUCCCAUGUAAAGCCAGAAAGGAGCUCAGGCUACUGCUGCCACUGGGAGGGGUGUGCGCGCAAGGGCCGCGGCUUCAACGCCAGGUACAAGAUGCUGAUACAUAUCCGCACACACACCAACGAGAAACCCCACCAAUGUCCCAUCUGCAGCAAGAGCUUUUCCCGGCUGGAGAACCUCAAAAUACACACCCGCUCGCACACAGGAGAGAAGCCAUACGUGUGUCCGUACGAGGGUUGUGGAAAGCGCUACUCCAACUCCAGCGACCGUUUUAAGCACACGCGCACACACUACGAGGACAGACCCUACUGCUGCAAGAUGGCCGGAUGUCCCAAGCGGUACACAGAUCCCAGUUCCCUCCGUAAGCACAUCAAGGCUCACGGCCACUCUGUCUCAACAGGCGCCGAGCCACCCAUCACAACCACGGAUCCUUCGACCCCUCCCGCUUCAGCAAGAGCUCAUCUGGUGUUGCCUGGGGCUGCACUGGCUCUCUUGCAUGCCUUUUCUGGGCCACUCAUGGCUCUGGGUCACUCUCCACUUGAUCUCUCCAUGUCUGCAGGGCAUACGGGGGUGGAAGCUGUGGUCCGUCAUAACAUGGCUCCAGGGCUGGGGCUGGGCAAAACGCCUCUAUUUGACCCUUUACUCCUUCCUUCGUUUGGGCUGGAGGCUAAGCAAAGGGUUUUGAAGCAAAAGGGUGGUGAUGAUGAGAAUGACCAUGAUAAUAGGGCGGUAGAAGAAGGAUGCAACGCUUUGUCCUGGGUGUUCGUCCCGCCGGGUAUGAUGAUGCUCAAGCAGGCCGUGGUCAGCUAGACCAGGAUCAUGUCCUAAGUCACGUGAUCUGUAAAAAAAAAAAAAAAAAAAAAAGAAGAAGUUUUUUUUUUAAUGGUGUAAUCUAAAAUGUUUAAACCACCAUUGAUUCAUGCUAAUUUAGCUAUAAAAAAAAAGAGUCUUAAAUCUGAUUACUUGACGCGUUCCGACUUUUCGAAGCACAUCCCAACAGAACAGCGUAUUUUGGGCAGAAACCGUAAGAAACCUGCAGUAUCCCCCCCUAUAAAUAUUCUCGCAUUCCUUCAGACAUAUAUCUAAUCCUUACCUGGAUUAAAAUACAAUGUUACUGUUAAAAUAAGGAAAUAUUUAUUUGUCCACCAAGCCAAACCAGGUGUGUUAAUUGAACAAGAAGGUGGUUCUUGCAAAAUUGCCUUUCCCAAGAACAAACUGACUUAAUAUGUUUGAUCUAAAGUCACACAGUCACCAGACAGAAUCCAGGAUGCAGUGUUAAGAAAUCAUACUGUUUGUCCAAGUGUGUGUGCGUGUGUGUUUUACGUAUACAUGUGUACGCCUUUAUCAGAUUGGCACAGAUUGAGUUUUAAGGAGCUGAGAAUAUAGAUAACAAUAAUCUCAACAAAGGAAAGCGGGUGUUUUACAGGUGCGUACCGACAUCUGUGCAGGAUCCUUCUCGUAAGCACAUCCUCGCUGUGACGUCAGAAGCUUGUGAUGGAACUCAAACAACGUAAUGGAAACGAAGGCUACAAACCCGGAAAGACAGCAUUUACUUAACUCCGAGGCCACCCUGAACAAAAAUCAAUCAUGUUUUUCCCCUUUGAACUUUAGACGAAACACAUCCAGUGUUGAGAUAGAGGUGGAUUAAUAUUUCAUUGUUGGUUUAUCAUUCUGCUGUUAGGGUUUUUUUUCCCCCUCCUCUUUUCAUUCAAAGGGACACGUUUCUCCAGGAAACUUUGACAAAGGCAGUAUGAGAUCCGUUAUGAUCACAGACGACGGUCUGUAACGACCAGCUCCCGAUUAGUUUUUGCACAAUCUUUGUCAUUACCUCCAUCAUCAUCAUCAUCAUAUUGUUCAGUAACCAGUUCAAGUGCCUUUAUCACAAGUUUAUUGCUGUGCCAUUUGAUAGUUGCCAGUCUUGGGCAUGUAAUGGCAGUCUGAAGUGGUCUCUUUCUUUAAACCGCAGACUUUGCAUUAGCGCCCCGUUUCUAAAAUGCACGCUCGUAUCCCGGUUAAGCUCGAACACGUUGUCUAAACGGUGGAAUGGUGAGGAAUUCUCCAGAAAAUUCAUUCCACCCUAUCCUAGGUUCACAGCAGCGAGCGAUAACGCGAUAGGCGACUAUUCAUUUUCUGAACGAGACACGGAAGUACAAUUUCAGCACUUUUCUCAAUUCUAUAGAGAUUAGGUAAGGCUCUGUACAGCAUCGCUCCCAUGAUGUAUUAAAUUAAAGCAUGCCAUACAGGUCAUGGGAUCUGAAGUUUAACAAACAUUCAAAUUUGGAUCCGCCUUUAAAUGUCAACAUCAUUAAAAAAUAUAUAUAUUUGAUUGUUGUUUAUUCAAAACAAUGAAACACCUUUUCUGAAAGCCCCAAGUACACAUGGCAAGUUCACACGUCGGUGUAUUCAGUAUUUUAUAUGGCUUUGUGGAUGAUUGUAAAUCCACCCAGCCUGCUGUCUCGUUGAAAACGGUUUAUUACUGAAAGAGACCAUUGGACACUGCCAUGACUUGCAUAGGACAUGCUACAGUAGAAGUCACUUCUAAGGACAAGCCUUUUCCCGAAAUCAGGUGUAUGUGCAACUGGUUAAGCAAAAAGGUACACCUGUAAGAGUUAGGCAUUCCGGAUGUUUUGUACACUAUAUGUAUGUACGAAUGGAAGUUAAAUGUCACGUAUGCCAAUAUGUAUAUUUUCCCAGACAUGUGUUCUAUUAAUGAGCAUGCAGAAUCUUUAAAAAAAAAAAGCGAGCUCCAAGAGAUAUUGUCAUGCAAGGUAUUGACAAUUAUGAUUACGACGAAGACCGGCAGCGUCUAAUAAAAACAGAGGCGUAUAAUAAACAGGAAAUGCGACAGA